AUGACACGGAGCUGCUCGGCGCUGGGCUGCACCGCCCGCGACAACGGGCGCAGCCGCGAGCGCGGCAUCUCCUUCCACCAGUUCCCGGUGGACGCCGCGCAGCGCCGCGCGUGGAUCCGCGCCGUGAACCGCGUGGACCCGCGGAGCCGCCAGGCGUGGAGCCCCGGCCCCGGCGCCAUCCUGUGCUCGAGGCACUUCGCCGAGGGCGACUUCGAGCGCUACGGGCUGCGGCGGAAGCUGCGCCGGGGGGCCGUGCCCUCGCGCUUCCCCCCGCGCCCGGAUGCGCUGAGCCCUCGCAGCGGGAGCGGGCUGUCCCCGCGAGCCCUCAAGCAGCCGCUCCUGAUCCCCUCCGACGACGAGGUCGUCUCCGAGGAUCACAACUACAGCCUGAAGGAGGCGGCUGCGGCCGCUGCCGGGCAGCAGGCCCAAGGGCAGCAGGUAGGAGCGUGGCCCGAGGAGCAGCAGCAGCAGCAGCAGCUGGUGGCAGCGAGGAGGAGCCCCGCACCGCGGCCCAGGAACAUCUUCAGCGUCAUCAGGGAGCUGGCAGGGAAGAAGCGGUUGUCUGAGGAAAGUGUGAGUUUGCUGCAGGCCCAGUUUUCAGAUUUGCCUUGUGAGUCACAUAGCUGGAGACAUAUGACAGAAUACUCCCUGGAAAUGAAGCAAUUUGCUUGUGUUGUCCASCUUUACCACAAUAAGGUCUAUGACUACCUGCGGAAGAUUUUCCCCCUGCCUCAUCCUUCCAGCCUGACAAACUGGCUGUCUAACAGUGGUGCCGCUCCAGGCUUCAGCAGUGACAUUUUUGUUCGCCUCCAGGAAAAAGCGGAGAAGGGAGACGAGCCCUACCGCCACUGUGCCCUGUUGGUGCAGGACAUGGCCCUCCAGAGGCAGCAGGAGUGGGACACCCAGAGCCAGCGUCUCACGGGCUUUGUUGACUUAGGGGUGGGUGUCCUGGAUGCCGACGAAGCCCCGCUGGCCUCRGACGUGAUAAUCCUCAUGGCGGUCGGCAUCACGAGUCCCUGGAGGGCUCCUCUUGGCUACUUCUUUGUGCACAGCUUGAGUGGCCACCUCGUCGCCCAGCUGCUCCGCCAGGCCAUCAAUAAGCUGAACAACAUUGGCGUGGAGGUGCUGUCCGUGACAGCGGGUGCCACCGCGCGCGGGGCCGAGAYGGCCAGAGCUCUGGGGAUCCGCAUGGACCCUGAGAGGCUCCAGUGCACUUUCCAACACCCGCCCGGCUCUGCUCGUGACAUCACCUACUUCUUUGACACGUGCCACGCGCUGCAGCUGAUCAGGAACGCGCUGCAGUGCUUCCAGAAGAUGCAGUGGCUCRGGGAAGCAGCAGAGUGGCAGCACGUUGUGGAGCUUGCAGCCCUGCAAGACAGAAGUCUGUCAGAACUGUGCAAUUCCAGUUCCGGUGGUCCUGGAAACGGGCAGUGUUGCUACUUGAAGGUCAACCUCGCUACUCAGUUGUUCAGCGAGGGUGUUGCCGGUGCCCUGGAGCAUCUCCAGAGUCUGGGCCUGCCCUCCUUCCAGAACUGCAGCGGUACCGUCAAGUUUGUGCGUUUGAUGAGCCGGCUGUGCAGUGUGUUCCAGGGCAGAAGUCCUUCCGGCAGGGGACACAAAGGGCCUUUGCUAGCUGGAGAUUACAGCAAAAUCAGCCACCUCUUCAGUGAAGCCAGGAGCUUUUUCCUCACCUUAACAGACUCUGGGGGUAGGUGCAUUAUAAAAAGCAGACGCAAGCUGGGAUUCCUGAGUUUGCUGCUCAACGCUGAAAGCCUCACGUGGCUUUAUACCAAUUAUGUGCUGCCAGAAGGGCUGCCUCUGCAGUGCCUCCUGCCGCAAGCCUUCAGCCUCGAGCAGCUGGAGCUGUUUCUCCGUGCCCUCCAGCAGGCCUGUGCUGGCCACGGCCACCCCACUUGCGCCGCGUUCCAGGCGGCUUACGGCAAACUGCUGGCCGGCUGCAGCUUGGCACCGGGACCCUGCGGCAGUGGCUUUGGCGACGCGAGCUCCUUGGAUUUGCCUACUUUCUACAGGACAGACCUAACUCUGGGCAUGGUCCGUUCUCAGUAUGAUCCCACUCCUGGGAGGACUCUGGCGACGGAGGAUCCCUUCAGUGCCGGCCUCUUUGYGUGCCACUUGGCCCUGAGCAACGCUCUCACAGACCCGUCGCUACACGAGCAGAGCGUCGCCCRCGCCGCAGGAGCUGUGGCCGAACAAGUGGCCUCUGAUGUGCAAUGCGACGCGUGUGUUGCUUCUCUUUUUGAGUCAGAGGCGAGCGUGCUAAGGAGCGGGGCGGUGCUCUACAUAAAAAAGUCAGGUGGGGUGAGUCUGCCCUCUGUAAGCGUGCAGCACAUCGCACGUGUUUCUGAACGAGUCCUGAGGACGUGCACGCAAGGGCGAGGUGGCCACAUCAACUCCGAGCUCUGGGAUCUGCUUCUCCAACAGAAAAUUUUCUGUGAGCUUCUGGGACAAAAGAGGCCCCUCUUCCCCACACUCACAGACCAUUUCUUUGACAGGGAGUCAAGCCUCGACAAUCACUUUGUGGUCUUAGUAAAGAAAAUAAGUCGGUGUUACGUACAUGUCAGAACAAAAUAUGCCCAAAACUUGAAGUAUCCUUGGGGAAAGCCCCGAUGGAAGAGACUGAAGGGAAAACUCUCAUUUGCAUCACCCUUGCAUCAGUGCCAGUCAAGCCCAAGCUGGGUAGGGCCAUGACACCUCAUACACUGCUGGCAGCUGAGGGUUGCCCCUCUUUAGCCUUAGUUAGGUCCAGGUAACAUUAAGUUGCCAAAGACUAUGGGGCAACAGUUUGCAUGGCAAAACUCGAUCUGUUAAAUGGUGACAAGUGGGGCCAGUGCAACUGGUUCAGAUCACGGUUCACAAGAGCCAAAGAAGRAAGUUCAUUUCGCCAU